AUGUCCACCAACAUAUCAGACAAACCUUCUUCAACAAUCAAUAUAAAGCAUGGUGUCCCUUUUGUCUUGGAUUUGGAUCAAAUGAACUAUGAUAUAUGGAGAGAGCUGUUUAAAAUCCAUUGUAUUGGAUACGGUGUUGACGAUCAUCUCAAGCCUCCUGCUCAGCCUUCUUCUCAAACUUCUGACAAAGACAAAGAAAAAGAAUCAAUAACUGCCAUGGAUACAUGGCUUUGUAUGGACUCGAUUGUUAAAUCAUGGUUGUAUGGCACUCUAUCAGUUUCUCUUCUCAACAUGAUUUUUAAAAGACAGGCAACAGCGUUUGCAGUGUGGGAAAGCCUCGAGAAAGUUUUCCGUGACAACAAAGCCUCCAAGGUCAUCCAACUAGACAGAGAACUUCGAAAUAUUUCUAUAGGUACCUCCUAUGUCAUUGAUUACUGCAAUAAGAUUACGUCUAUAGCCGAUCGCCUGGAACAUAUGGACGCCAAAGUCUUUGAUACGAAUCUUGUCACAUAUAUGAUAAAUGGGCUGUCACCUAAAUACUGCCAUAUUGCGACAACCAUCAGGCACCGUGACUUGCCCCCAUCUUUUUGGGAUGCAAGAUCUAUAUUGAUUUGUGAAGAACAACAGAUGCUCUUGGAUGAAAAAAGAGAUGCGACUCUUACCCAUGUAGACAAUCCUUCUUCUCCAAAUGCUCUCACAGUUCAAUCGUCUCCUCAAAAUAAUCACACUAAUGGUGGUAGAGGAGGCUAUAACAGGGGUGGUCGUGGUGGUCGAUAUAACAGGGGCGGUAGAGAUGGAGGCCGACAUGGCGGUCGAUUUCACAAUGGUGGUGGAAACUAUUUUUAUGGCAACAGUCAACAGCGAGGAACAGGGAGAGCGUGGACUUAUGGCUGGUUUCAAGUUCACCAGCCCAACGUUGGAUCUAUUCAGCAGGGCUUGUUACCAAACCCAGGUGGGGUCUCAAACCAGUCUAAUUUGUUUGGUGUUAGACACAAAAAUCAACCGACCUAA